AUGGCCACGGUCCUUGCGCUCUUUGCAGCGACGGCUGCGACCGCAGCAGCAGUCGCGGUUCCCGAGCUCGGCGCCGGCGCCGCCGGCGGAGUUGUCGUCAGGAACAUUACUCCUCCCGCCCACGGCGGGGGGUUCGUCAAACACUGCUACACCUACGAGGUAGGCGAGCGCGGCGAGCUGGUGGGCCGCCUUCUGGCAAAGUGCGGCGACGAUGAGCGCUUCGACCUGCUGCACAACAUGUGGCUCGACCUCAACUACUGCCUGGGCAAUUACGACGGCCAGCUGGUCUGGCAGGACGGCUGCCGGGACUGCGCGAGUCGGGAGUUUGAUACGCAGUGGAUUGAGUGCCAGUGCAGAAAUACAAAGUUCAACUGGCAGAAUACUGCGCUGGAUCUGAACGUUAGCGUCCGCUACGACGAGAAUUUCCAUGUGCUGGCGUGCUUCCAGCAUCUUGGGGUUCGGGAUGAUCCGACGGCUUGA